GGAGAUGCCUUCUCAUUUAAACUCCUCCGAACACAUCAGCAAACCGUCCGCUGCGCUGUUGGAUUAGCAAUUGUGCAUCCACCUGUCUCUCUCUCUGUAGCUGUAAAGAUGGUGGGACUGAGGCCGUCUGAUGUGCCCCCUCCUCUGGGUGUGAAGGUUCUGAGCGCGGGCACUGCGGCUUGCAUCGCUGACCUCGUUACGUUCCCGUUAGACACUGCCAAAGUCAGACUGCAGAUCCAGGGAGAGAAGACCGUGUCCCAGGCAGCCAAGGGCAUCCGAUACAGAGGUGUCUUUGGGACGAUUAGCACCAUGGUGCGGACUGAGGGGCCACGCUCCCUCUACAAUGGCCUCGUGGCCGGACUUCAGAGACAGAUGGCUUUUGCUUCCAUUCGAAUCGGCCUCUAUGAUAAUGUGAAGAGCUUCUAUACUGGUGGCAAAGACAACCCAGGUGUGAUGAUGCGUAUUCUGGCUGGCUGCACCACAGGAGCAAUGGCGGUUUCUAUGGCUCAACCUACAGAUGUGGUCAAAGUGCGAUUCCAGGCCCAGAUGAACCUGCAAGGCGUCGCACGACGCUACAAUGGCACGAUGCAAGCCUACAGACAGAUCUUCCUGCAGGAGGGGGUACGGGGCCUUUGGAAAGGAACACUGCCAAAUAUCACCAGGAAUGCCCUUGUGAACUGCACUGAGCUGGUGUCCUAUGACCUCAUUAAAGAGGCCAUCCUGAAAAACAGACUCAUGUCAGACAACCUGCCAUGUCAUUUUGUGUCUGCAUUUGGGGCGGGCUUUAUCACCACGGUGAUCGCCUCUCCGGUGGACGUGGUGAAGACACGGUACAUGAACUCUCCCCCAGGGCAGUACUCCAGCGCCAUCAACUGCGCCUGGACCAUGAUGACCAAGGAAGGGCCCACUGCCUUCUAUAAGGGGUUUGUUCCGUCCUUCCUGCGGCUAGGCUCGUGGAACGUUGUGAUGUUUGUGUCCUUUGAGCAGCUGAAGAGAGCGAUGAUGAUGUCCAGGCAGCAGAUUGAGGCGGCUGUGUAGACUAACGACCAGAAAAAAACAACCUAGUGCAAGUUUUCACAAAUGGAAUAACACAGACCCACACAGAGCUCCACCCGUACCAGCGAAGCUGACGGAUGUCCAGACAAGCGCCCAUGUAAUUUAUUUGUACUCAAGGUCCUGUGACUGAAUGCAGUCAGUGAGAAUGUAUAGUACAUCAUGAACUAUGUGAAUUGUACAACAGCAGAGGAAUUCCACCGUAAACACAGGACCAGACCGUGGAGCCGUCGUGUGACGUGUCUAGACUUGUCCAGUCUCUGGUCUUCUUUCACCGCAUCCUCUCCUUAAUGGCGUGAUUUUUAAUGUGUUGUGAUGUCCGGUGUUUUCAGAAUGUUUUAAUUUAAGACAGUAUGUUUUUACUGAGUAUUUGUAGUAUUUUAAAGGUGUAUAAUGUUUGGUAUGAAUUAGUCCUUUGUCCGGCAGGGCAGUUUUUGUUUGUUUGUUUGUUUGUUUGUUUGUUUGUUUGUGUGUUGGCCCGACACGGUCACAACCCUCUAAACCCACGGUUUAACUGAGAACGUUGAGAAGAAAGAAGACAUGCACAGACGUCUAACAAGAUGCUUUUGUAAAAAUGAAAGCUCUGUUGAGCCUUGGGAAGAAUAAACUCUUAUUUAUAUCAGUGACAGA